AUGACUUCUACGGCCGCUCAGCGAAACCCGGGCAAGCCUCGCCGCGACAGGUCUGACAGCCUUCAGAAGAUGCUCGAACUGGAGCACCUCCAAAAGCUCGAGCGUCUUCAGGGGCACCAGCACCAGCACCAGCACCAGUCUCUGCCCACGCCGGCUCACCAAUCCCAAAUGGCGUUUCAGCAGGUUCUGAGCCAUCAACUUAAUCAGGGCCGCCCUUCCCACUCCCCUCCGAGAUUGUCGCCUUUUCCCACCCUGCAUCCUCCACCGCAAGUGAAGCCUCUUGUUCCAAUACAGUCUCGUCGGAGGGAUACACUUCCGCCUCAAGAACCCGAGCCGCUACCCUCUGCCAUGAAAGCUGCCCGCCGAACCAUUGCCGUACCUUCGCUUUCAAUCUCGGUGCCACCACCGGCCAACACACAUACUGAGAUCGAUCGUGCAUUGGUACCCCGGGAGUCCGCCGAUCACAAGCACAAGACGGUCACGUUCCUGGGAGUCGAUACCCAGGACGAGCCCAAGGAAGACGACGAGUCCUCAAUUUGUCACUCCCCAAGCUGGGAAGCUUUUGGUGGGAAGAAGAAGAAAGAGAAGAAGAACGAGGACAAGAUGCGCAGGAAGGAGAAGGAACAGGCAGAGAAGUUGGCCGAAAAGGAGGCCAAGUCUGUCAAGAAGAGACUGACAGCCAAACUGCACAAAACACCACCCGUCGCAAGACCUCCGAACUCGUCUCGGUCCAUGUCCAGCCCUAUCAUGCUCGCCGAUGAGAGACUUCGACCCGCGAGCACUCAAGCGUAUUAUGAAGCGCCGCCGCCCAUUCGCCCUCAACAUGCCAGACAGAGGUCAGAUUCCGUGGCAAUGCAGCUCAAGGCCGCCAUCACCGGUCAGAAGAUGCAUUACCCUGGCAAUGACGAACCGAGCUUCAUCGGCGGCUUGAAGCUGGAUCAGGAGAGACAAACAGCAUCUGGCGUUCCGUUGAGAAAACCACUUCCACCGGUUUCUCUGGCGAAUCAAAGGGCUCAGUCUUUCGGACCGGAUGUAAGAGUGGCUGUAUCUGGUGCCUUUAACCCUCCCACUCUCCCGCACUCUGCCUCAGACGGACCUAUGGCGCCAGGAAUGGAGCGCCAACAGGAUCGUCCGCUUCGACCAAAGUCGCAGCAUAUCUCGAUGAAGGUACCGUCGUGGAACCAGCAGUGGAAUUCUCCCGCCGUACCGCCAGUUCCGGAUGUCAGCAAGCUUCAGCAGUGGAAAGACCGGCCGACCCGAUACCCAGUGCCUGUCCCCACUGAUACUGAAGAGAUUGAGCUCACUCUUGUCGAGCCCAAUGUCGAUUUUGAGCAAGAUCGUGGUCGCAGAAGGGAGAGCUACGUGCACAACCAUCGCCAGCAGAGCAAGGAACGCUCAAUCAACGGAUUCAACGACGAAGUCAGAGUGUCAUCUGCCAAAUCUCACUAUCCACCUCAGGCCAACCAGAAGUACCAGCCUCACUCGUAUUCUUCUUCAUCGGAGACCAGCCCAAUGGCUAACAACUUUCCUCCUCGUAACGGUUCUCUGACGAAUCUCAACUCCUCCAAGGAUCAUCCGAGCCCGGGCGACGACUUCGUCAUCUCCUUCCGUCUUCCUUACACACCUCCAGCUAACGAUAGUCCAAGACACGGGUCAUUCGAUCGAUCACUGUCUGAACAACCACCUAUAUCAAGGGAAAGAAUACUCUCCAAGGAGUUUCCGCUGCCCCCCGAUCGGUCAGAGUCCCGGGAGAGGCUUCCUCCAACCCCUGGAGCGGCCAUCAGAAGUUUUAAGGAUGCCGCCAAGGCGGCUUUCAACAGGGUCUCUCCCUCAGCCUCGAAGCCUCCGGUCUCCAACUACUUCACUCGCGCUGCACGCGACACGACUCUGACCCCGGAUUCAACGUCAAGCUCGCGAUACUCGAGUCUGGAUCAUUUGCCGCUGUCGGCGCCGCCUGUUCGGCCCCCCUUUGCCGAGUCUGCCGAGCCUAGCAUGCCUUCGAGGGACUCAUCAGCUCGCCCGACGGACAGGUCCUCCAUGUCUUCUUUUGAGGAGCCGAUGUCCUCGCCAUCACCAGCAACGACACCAGACUCCUCAAGGCCUCAGUCAGAAAAAGGAGUUCACUCUGUGGAUGAAGAAGUACGAAGAGUGGAUAACGAGCCACUGGUGGUGGACAAUGACGAGAGAUCGUACAGACACUCGCACAAGGCCGCGAUGCAAAUGUCUUCUCCCGUUGCCUCAAAUCCCAGGAUCAGCCUUCCGCCUCAGAUUCCGGUUCAAAACCAUGAGGCUCAUCUCUCCGAGCUUGAGGCCCUCGUGUCGGAAAAGUUCGGCAAAAAGGCUAGCGUUGCUGAUUGCGAGUCGGACAGUGAGGCUUGUCUUACUCCGGCGUACACCGACACAUCCAAGAAUGGGUCAGCUUUGGCAUCGCCAGCCACCUCUGUAUCCAUGGGAAGCUCUCAGGAGUUUGAACGCAAACAGCCUCACAAGGAGACUGAAGAUGUUUCGCGAAUGGUCGAGGAAGAGCUUCAGAAUUUCAUUCAGCGUCGCCCGAGCUUGUCUAAGAGCCGUUCGAGCCCUGAUUUGGCUCUCGACACAAGUUUCCUUCCCAAGUUGAAGCACCAACCGCUGGUUCCGCGACCCCUGGUUCCCCCUCCUCCGCCACGUUCAGCCAAGCGAACCUCCAGCCCGACAAAUAAGUCGCCAGCUCCUUCGCCUCUGUCCUCGGAUGCGCGCAAGUCCAUCGUUUCUCUCAAGGCCUCUUCAAACCCGUCGAAUUAUCUGGAGCAGGCCCGCAAGUCUAUGCCGGUACCCCCACGAUCGAGUCGUGCGUCUCGCGCGUCCAUCGUACCACCGGAUGGCGCCCCUGAGCCUGUUGCCAAGAUGCUCGUGGAAUGCUGCAGCUGCAAGUUCCUGCAUGACAUGCCGAGCAAGGUCUACGAAUGCAUGGCCCAACCCGAUGGCAUGGUGGAGGACCACAAGUUGGGAGUGAGCGGUGUGAUCUCGACCACGGUCAAGUGCCCAUGGUGCUCCCACGGAAUGACCACCAAGUGCUGCGCCGGGUACGCAGCCGUAAUCUACCUCAAGGAAAAGCUGCAUUGA